GAAUCUAUCUACUGUUCAAAUGACAUAAUGUCAAAAAGCUUUCUAGUCCGGCAAAAUAGUCAACAAAUGUAAAACACAUAACAUUGUGUUGAUAUGUUGUUUUUUGAAUGAAAAUAAGUAGGUAAUGCUGGCCUAUAGCAGCACAUUAUGGUAGCCAUCAAAACAUUAGUAAAAACCGCAGUGUACGUCGGCAUUGGAGGCAUUUCCGCGGCUUUGAUAAUGAAAAUGAAGCUGGAAGAACAGGUUCGCGGUCAAGCAUACUACAAGGAAUCUAUGAAGGUUCUCAGGUCACAUCCUGGUGCCAUCACAUUGCUGGGGGAGCCCAUCAAAGACUUGGGAUUUGAUUUUGGUGUUGAGAGCCAGAAGUAUGGCCAAGGAAAAAUAACUGGCUUUGCUGUACCAGUAAAGGGUUCCAACCAACGAGGGAAAUAUUAUUUUUGGGCUGAUCAUGCAGAAGAUAAGUGGAUUAUUACUAGAGCCGAACUUGAACUAGACAAGGAACCUGACCGGAGACUUGUGAUACGAAAAAUGGAGUAGUAAAGAAAAUAUAUAAUUUAGUUAUUUAAUUAGUUAAUGAAUUACAUUGUUUACAACAAUAA